AUGGCUGAGAUUGAAAUUGAGCAGGCCCUGAAAAAUGUCACCCAGAGAAUGAAACAAGCUCUGCUGAAACGACCUGAGGCUCAUCUUCAAAUUCCCCCACGUUUGGUGGCUGUCAGCAAAACAAAGCCACCAGAAAUGAUUAUAACAGCUUAUAAUAAUGGCCAAAAGCAUUUUGGGGAAAAUUACAUUCAGGAGCUAGAGAGUAAAGGAAAUGACUCAAAUAUUUUAGAGCAAUGCAAAGAAAUCAAAUGGCAUUUCAUUGGAAAUUUACAACGCAACAAAAUCAACAAAUUAUUAAAUACCCCCAAUUUAUUCAUGGUGGAGACAGUGGAUUCUAAAAAACUUGCUACUGCAUUGAACACAGCAUGUCAAAAUCGAAAACGGGAAACACCUCUGUCAGUUAUGGUACAAAUCAACACAAGUGGUGAAGAAACAAAGAAUGGCUGUGAUCCAGAGGAGGCUGGGAAGAUUGUUAAGAUCAUCAGAGACGAAUGCCCAAAUUUGAAGCUAGAGGGUCUCAUGACAAUUGGCGCUUAUAAUCAUGACCUCAGUAAAGGUCCAAAUCCAGAUUUUCAGAAAUUACUUCAAUGCCAGAAAAAGAUCUGUGAAGAAUUCCAUUUAAAUCCAGCAGACCUUCAGUUAAGUAUGGGAAUGUCAAAUGAUUUUGAACAUGCAAUAGAGGUGGGUAGCUCAAGUGUCCGCGUUGGAAGUCUUAUCUUUGGAGCAAGGACAUAUGUUAACAAAGGGAAGGGAGACAAUCCAGAAACAACCAUAGGCACAGGAUUGUCUCGCAUACGUCAUAUGGAAUGUGCAGAUGCUUAUGUCAAUGUGCUGAAAUCCUGGAAAUACUCUUAUCCAAAAGAAAUCCAUUUUGUUAUCACUAAGAAAGCACUUCUGGAUAAAAUUCAAGCCACAUUUGCUUGUCAUUUUCCUCUUGUAACUGUAACACCACAGAGCAGGAAUUCAAAAGCAUCAAGUGGAGGUUUACUUCAAGACAACCAUGCUAUGACACAUGCAGUUCAAACUAAUAACUCAGCAAUGGCAGCUACAUCAGGAGCAAUGGCAGAAGUGAGACCCAUGGAUGUUGAGAUGUCUGAUACAAAUGACAGCUGCCCAAUUUGCCUCUGUGAUUUUACAGACAAAAAGACCUUGGACAAAUGUGGGCAUUCAUUCUGUUCUGCUUGCAUUGACCACAGCUUCUCUGCAGUCGGACCUUACUGUCCAGUUUGCCAGACAGUUUAUGGCAAAAUAAUUGGACAACAACCUCCAGGAACAAUGAGCACAAAGAAAGAAAAACGUUCUUUGCCAGGUUUUCUUGAAUGCAAUCUUUAUAAAGUGGAAUAUGAAAUACCAAGUGGAAUCCAAGAGAAAUGUCACCCAAAUCCUGGAAAGAGAUUUUAUGGUGCAAAGAGGACUGCCUAUUUACCUUCAAAUAAAGAAGGGGAAACUGUCCUGAAAAUGCUUCAGAAGGCUUUUGAACAGAAACUUAUCUUUACUGUUGGAGAUUCCCGGACCACCAACAUGACAGAUGUUGUAACUUGGAAUGACAUUCACCAUAAAACAAACAUUUUGGGUGGUCCCAGCAGGUAUGGCUAUCCAGACCCAGACUAUUUGAACAGGGUCUCUCUGGAACUGGAGACCAAAGGCAUUACACCAGCAGAUGUCUUUGGCCAGAAAAUAAAACCAAAAAUCUCAAACUAA